AAGGUGUUAACAUUUAUCAUUACUAAAAUGGAAUCAACAAAACGUUUAUUCAAUCAUCAACCUGCCAUUAACGCGGAAGUUAAAUUCAUCGUAGGCGAAUUUGAAAAGCUACCAGACAAAAAUUUACGGAUUUUGGCCGAAAUGGAAACAAAAUCAAAGCAUCUAGCUGACGAAAGCUUACCGUCUGCAAUUAACGUUAUGAAAAACAACUUGGUGAAACUCCAAACACAAGUGCAAACAAGUUUUCAAAUGAGUGAAAGAAUCUUAUCUUUGGAACAGGGACUAACACCUCAAGCGGAGAAAAGCGAUCGUAAACAAUCCAGAUGUUACCCAAGCCUCGCCGAUCGCGAAUAUCUUCAAAAACGAUUUCUGGGGAACCCCCUUAACACAUACCGGUAGCCAUAGAUCGUAUCGUCCAUUAACCACUUUAACGUUUCGAUUGAAUCACUGUCUUUUUGGAUUGAGUCCCGGACCCUACCACGUGACCAACGUCCUUCUUCACUGUGUCGUCACAAUGCUGUUUUGUCACGUUAUUAAAAUCGUCCUAAAUUUUACUUCACAAAUGUCAAUGCUGGCAGGUCUUAUGUUUUCGCUCCAUCCUGUCCACACGGAGGCGGUAGCAGGAGUUGUCGGACGAGCUGACGUUCUUGCAACUUUGUUCACUUUAUCAGCACUGUGGAUAUACGCAUGUGUAGUUGAGUCUCACGAAAGAAGCAACACUUCAGUUAUUCAUCAAAAAGUUUCAUACACUCCGGGAACUUUGGUAAAGGAAGGUCGAGAACCCAAGAAGAAAUCAAGAAGCAAACGUCGAAAAUCAACUGCGUAUAAAGGACAAGAGAAGUUUGAAACUUUUGUUGAUAAUUACUAUGUCGAAGAAUUUAAGUUUACGGGGUUAAAAAACGACGCAUGUUCCAACAAAAUACAUACAAUGGACAAGUCUGUGGAUCCUGGAUACGUCACCGAUUCCUCCAGCGCAAGCUGCAGUGUUGCCAGCUCAGAAACGAGCAGUGUUACCGCAGCAGAACUUAACUCGGGGGGUAUUUCGAACAUGGGAUUGCCUACGGUGUCAUGCAGUUUACGCAGAAGACGAAAACUGUCAGCGGACAGUGGUAUAAACCUUCCUUUGCAGCGACAGCAUGCAGAGAACUCAGAUAUCCAUUAUCCUGCCAUUGUUCCGCUUCAAACCAGUUUCAAGAAAUUUUGCUUUUUAUAUUCGGCUUUAAUUUUCCUCUCCGCGUGUGCCCUUCUAUCUAAAGAGCAAGGCUACGUCACUCUCCCACUGUGUAUCGCAUAUGACGUAUGGAUUCGUCAUCGUCUCGGAAUUACCAGUGCGCUUUCGGCUUUAUUUGGGCGGGAUCCGAUGUAUAAAACACUUCGACGUCGCGUGUGGAGCUUGGCAAUCAUCUUUCUUGUCUCGAUGAUUCUGCGACUUUCGCUACCCGUUUGGUUAUCGGGCGGUGGCGACAUUUCUCCCGGGUUUUCGACAAGUGAUAACCCCGCGGCGGCAAGCGAGAGUUUUCGAUGUCGUGCGCUCACAUUUUCCUAUCUGAUGUUCUUCAAUGUAAAAAUGUUGCUUGUACCAACCACGCUUAGCUUUGAUUGGAGCAUGGGAUCAAUACAGCUUAUAGAAGACUGGCUGGACCAGAGAAACCUUCAGACUGUUACAUUUUAUGCAAUUUCGAUAACAUUGAGUUAUCGGCUAUGGACAAAACUUCGUCAUCGAGAUUUAAACCACAAAGUUUCCCCAAGUUCAUCAAAUGAACCUGAAUCUCAGGACUAUUUCUACUCACAGUCGUAUGAAACGAAACCUUACCAUCGAGAUCGCCUUUCGUCUCUCCUCCUGGGGUUUCUCCUACUCUUCCUCUCACUCCUCCCGGCAUCUAACCUCUUCUUCUAUGUGGGAUUUGUGGUGGCGGAACGAGUCCUCUACCUCCCGAGCAUCGGGAUUUGCAUCCUCAUCACAGAAGGAGCGUUUUUUCUUUUAUCUCUCUCCAGUCACUGUCGUUCCAUUUACAAAUCAAAACUUUCCAGGAACAGAUCAGUUAUGUUUUGGUCGUUAGCCUGUUGUUUGCUUGUAAGUUACUCAUUAAAAACAUUCACCAGAAACAAAGAUUGGAGAAACGAGUUUAAUCUUUACAGCUCCGGAGUUUCAACAAAUCCAGCAAAGGCCUAUGGUAACCUUGGUAACGUGUUACGUAACCAGCAGAAGCUAGACCAAGCAGAGGUUGCUUACGUCACUGCAUUACGUCAUAGAUCAAAUAUGGCGGACGUUCAUUAUAAUCUGGCGUUGCUGUACCAAGACACUGGCCGACUCCUACAAGCAGAACGAAGUUAUAGAGAUGCCAUUUCAUAUCGCCCACAGCUGGCGCUAGCGAGACUGAAUCUUGGUGUCGUAUUGUCCCAGCUUGGCAGAAACCAAGAAGCGAAAACAGUAUACAGAGAAACUGCAAAGUUGGACGACCGGGGCCUCAAGGAUCCACGAAGCCAUGCGCAUGCGCAGAUUUCCGCUUUGUACAACCUCGGAUGCUUAUUGGCGGAAGAAGGGAACCACGUGGCGGCAGUUUCAGCCUAUCAGAAAGCGAUCGGGCGGAAAGCAACCCACUAUAAAUACCAUAGCAUUCUAAACAUGUUAGGUCAGUCGCUGUACCAGUUGGGUAGAAUCGAAGAAGCAGAACGAAGUUUUAAGCUCUCAUUGGCUGAGAAACCAGAUCACGUGCCGUCACAUUUAACUUACGCCCGACUUCUAGAAAAAGUUGGAAAAAUCUCUCACGCCGAGAAAUUGUACAAGAACGCAAUUCAAAUGGAGCCAAGUAACCCAGUGUCAUAUCAACAUUACAGUCGGCUACAUAUAAAUAGAGGAAUGUAUACAGAAGCCAGUAAGCUACUUGAUAAAGCCAUUGAGGUCACUGAAGGCACACCGGAUUACGAGCUGCUCUUUGCCGCCGCAAGCGCCCACAGGCACGCAAAAUCUUACAGCACGUCUGAGAGAUAUUACAGAUUGGCCGUGAAAGUAAAACCGAAGCUGGCGUCCUCUCACAUGAAUCUCGGUGCCAUUCUACAUCUUCAAGGAAAGCUCUCUGAAGCCAGGAAGUCUUACACGCAAGCCCUGAGUUUAAAACCUAUGGAUCCACUUGUGCUCGAAAACCUUGAAAAAUUAGACGCAAGUUUAAAUACCAAGAAGCGAUGAAAACAAACGUUUAUAAAUUAGUCCAAUUUAAUCAAUUAAAGUUCAUGGUGCUGUUGUUACCAAUCUUGGAUUGGUUAAGUAAUUAUGUAUCAAUUGUUUUUCACUGUAGUCG